GAGCGUUUAGUUCUUUUUCAGUGUUCGUGUGGAUCGGGUCGACGAACGCGGAUCCGGCAGUAAAACUCUGCUAAACGUCUGUGCAAACGGGCUGCGCGCUAAGUCUCCAACGGCAGCGCCAAACUACUUGGAUCCGAGCGCUGAGGAUAUAGAAGAAUUCUAUGAGUCUGUGUGUGUUCCAACGUACAAAUCGGUGUAAAGUUAUCGCUCAGAUUACGGGUCUGAGUUUUGUUUAUUGAAACAAAUCAUUUGUGUGCAACGAAAUAAAAUUAUUAACAUUAGAUAAGCAGUUUGAUUGUGUGCCAGCGCAGUGAACGUAAUAACAAAUCGAGAUUUGCAGCUGCCGAGGCGAACAGAUGUUACAAAUAAACGAGCAACGCGAAUCGGCUGCCAUUGGAAAUAACUUCAAUGAAAGUACAACAAAAACUAAAACGCAACCAAAAUUACCACCACAAGUGUGUUCCUAACACCUGAGUCGCCUGAACCAAGAACAACGACAACAAAUCCACACUACCAUCGCCAGCACUACGAACAAAGUGACACUUAGCCGCUAAGAGUGCGCCCCCAAGCCAAAGCAUCUUACGCCAGCAACAACGCCACUACCGCCUAACACCGCCGCAAGCACUGCCAUCGUCAAAAGAAUGCCGAUUUGCAAUAAGCCACCACUGCCGGUCGGAACAGCAAAUAGCGUGGACGAGUUCGAUGACCACGCCUCAGAGGUGGCCAAAAUGAGGCACACACGCGAACAAGCCUACUUCAAUUCCUAUAAUUUCGACGCAAUCCCAGUUUUGCCUGUGGAGGAGAGUCUUCCAAAGGCUGGUGGUAGUCAGAGCGGCAACCUAUCUGCAAUUGCAGUAAGUUCUCUCGCUUCCAUGAAAGUGCCACCGUCCCUCGUUGCUUCUAAUAGUCAUCAACAUCAACACCAACAACUCAACACGCUUAAGCCGCUUUAUCGAGGCGCUUCAUCGAUCGCUUCGUCGUCACAAAGCACACGCAGCAGUUUUCAACUGACUAGUAGUGGUCACAGCAGCGAUGCAGAUGAUAGUUACUUGCAGCGUCAUCCACGUAACCGCCAUGAGCAUUCCGGACCGGAAUUAACCUACACAUAUAUGCAACACAUUGGCGCGCGUUUUGCGCGUUCACGCAAUGCUUCUCCAUCAACGUCUGAGGCAGAACUCGGCCGAGACUUCCUAGGCGGCAGUGGUUCAGCUAACAUAGAGACAGUUAAUGUAGGAAGUGUCAUCGUGCCAGCGGACGAAAUUGCACCUGUGCACGAGAGGAAGGGUCCUGGAGAAAUGUCGGAGAAUGGAAGUUUUCUGUUGCCCCGGGCCAUGCUAAAGUAUCAAAGUAUUGGCAAUGUGAAUUCAAUGCCAUCGGCUGCGAGCAGUAGUGGACGCGGGGACAAAUUGCUGCAAAAUAGCCAUAGCAACAACAGCGAAAGCAGCUACAGCAGUAGCAACAACAAAAGUGCCAGUUUUAAUAAUUACAACAACAACAAUAACAAAGUAAGCGGCAACAGCAGCAAGGAGAGCAACGGUAAAGAGUCAAUGAUGGUGAUGACCACCAAUGCCAUUAGCCACAGAAAUACAAAUUACAACAACAACAACAACAAUAACAGCAGCGUUAACAAUGGCAAAAAUAGCAAGUGUAAAGUUGUUGUUUCCUCUGCCGCUACCGCUGCCGCUGCCGCUGCUGGAUCCAACAAUACUAAGGCGAUAAAUACCAACAUCAGCAGCAACAAUAACAACAGCGUUAGCAAUACCAGUAGCAGUCACACCACCAAAAGCAUGCAGAACUAUGCGAACAGCAACGAUGGUUACGCCAGUUUAGUAGUCGCCAGCGACGUCGAUUGUAGUGGUCACGCGCCUUUUAGAGUCGCUCACCAGGCCACGCAAAACAAGCUAAUAGCAAUACCCACGGCAACAACAAAAGCCCCAACAAAAGCCAGCAACACGUCCACCUCGGCGCCGGGUGCAGCGGUGCGCGUCAAAAAACCGUCUACCAGUUCGACAAUUACAACAACAACAAUCGCGUCGAGCAUUAGCUCCGAACACGACGAAGAGUCUUCUGCGUCAGCAUCGAAUACGAGAAAGGGGGGCACAAGCAAAGUCAACCAAACGUCAAAAGGCAGUGCAAGCAAAUUGGCCCAGAGUGGUAGCGUUGAGCGUCGUGGACGCACCAGUUCACAUCAGUCGCACUAUUCGACGGACAAAAGCGGUUCGUCCGGUUACUACAGCUCAAACGUUUGCUCUACUUACUCACUGGAUGAACAUAUCUAUUGUGAACCGGUUGUAGAUAUCCUAGACGUGAAUCGUGGCAGUGGCGUUUCAACCGCUACUACAGCCGCUAGUAAAACUAGCAAAAGCGCGGCAACACUAGAGAGUAAAAAGGCCGCCAACAGUGAGAGUAAUAAAAACAACAAGCAAACACCGUUAGAUAUGACCAGUAAACAAGGAGGUGGUGCAUCUAAAUGUUUUUAUGUACGACGCAGUGUUGUCGGUGCGGCAGCAAGUCGAAACGGCGAAAGUGGUAUUGCGGACUGCAGUGAGUUGGAAGGCGAGGACGAUUGCGAUGGCGAUGGCGCGAAGAAGGCCAGAGCUAUGGCACGUCUUGUAAACUCUAAUGGCCAUCGCAAGGCGAACGUUGAUCUCCAUACCAGUGGGACCAAAAUACCCGCCAGCUUACAAUUCUUAUUACAGCGACAAACCUCCGAUGAUAAUUAUCCUCCAUCUCAGCAUUUUAGCGAGAACUUGCGCAUACUGGAAACGAGCAUCGAGAAUCUCGAUCGCCAUUUGAAAAAUUUUCCGAGUAUAACUUCCCAUGAACGCAUUGCUGCAUUUGUGCAAUCACAUCACCAACAUCUCCAUCAGCAACAUCAUCAUGCCUACUUGCAAACGCCAAUUGGGGAAAGCAUCGGAAGUGAAAAGCUCGCAGCACGUACUCAACAACCGCCACAGACGUCACAUCAACAAUUACCCACCAUUAUGGAAGGUUAUGAUCCCACAAUUCAACCUCAUCGUCCAUGGCCUGAUGAGAUUGUGGAUGACUCAUUGCUCGACAUUGACCUCGACUCAUUUCUCCUAGUCAACGAACGUAAAACUGCGGCCGAUGGCAAGUCGGCGCGCAAAUCGUCAACCAUACCUGAAGUUGGUGGCAUCGACAAUCCUACAUUUCUCACCGAGGAACAGGAAGAGGAGAAUAAUUAUAAGUGUGCAAAAUAUAUUAAUUCCUGCCCUGACGAUGCUUAUCAUGUUGAAAGCGAUAUAGUCACCGGCACUGGAACAGUUUCGGAGAAGUCUGUAUCGGUCGGCGAUCACUAUAUGAAACGGUACGAGGAUCAGUUGCACUUUCAAAGUACACGCGAGCUACUCGAAGAUGUGCGUGACAAAAUACGUUUGCUCUCGCAGACGGGCAAUAGUAACAGUCCGAGUUCGCACGGUGCCGGAGGACAAUUUAGCUUGGCCGCGCCUACCGAGCAACUGCCACGCGAAUUGGAGGGCAUGAUUAACACACUGAAGAGCGAGCUAGAAAACUAUUUAGAUCGCAUGAACCAACAUAGUGAACUCGAGAUUCGCCAGUUGUGUAGCGGCCUAGUGCGUAAUCACAACAUAGUUAAAAUGAAGAAGGCAUUCGAACGACGUCGCUCGACGCACAGUCUCGGUACAAUCGAAUCGGAUUACGGUUAUCUAGGUAAUUACGAAGCCAUCUGCAAUGGUGUGCCGACAAGUAUUCGCGAACAAAUUGUUUCGAUACGCUGCGUGAGUGAUCCUAACUUUAAAAUGAAACGCAAAUCCUUAACGGAGGUAUUUCCCGUGUCCGAUUGUUAUACAGAGUCUGAUACUCUCGCUGCGGUGCAACAGCAACAGCGUCGCCCGUCUAUACCGCGUCGCGAACGUGAUAACGCCGAACACAGACAACGUGAGCACGAUCGAAAUGUGAUCACCUUGCAUGUGCCCACAAGCCUACUGCAAAGAAAUCUUUCUUUCCAACAACCAGUACUAAAUAAAUUGGAUGCAAAGUCAUUACCAACGCCGAUGACAGAUGCGGAAGUGAGUGGGGAGGGUAAUAAUGCGAAAAGUAGCGAGGGUGGGGGCGGCGGUAACGGUUGCGGCGCCGAGUCGGGCGAAUCGGGUGAUAAGGAGACCAUUUUGGAGUGGCAUCGGAAGAAACCGAGUAUUUGGGAAAUGUACUACGGUACAAAUCGAAUGAAUCAGUCUUUGUUGGGCAAACGCAAUGGCAUGGUCACAAACAACAACAGCCAGGUCACAAUGUCAUACCCAUCAUCACGUCCGGAGUCUGAUUUUACUUUGGAUCUGCCGCGUGCGGAACAGCUACGCAUUAAAAUGGAAAAAGAAAAGAAAUUCCGUCAAAGGUGUCGCUACAUUACAACUUUCUUGAGUCUGGUCUUCUUCUUGCUCACCGUUAUGGUAGUCAGUUUGGUGUUGACACGGGGCAAGCGUAUGUUCGGUAGCAUGAUUUAGAGGGGCAUGCAAAGAAAUGAGAAGAAAGAUGAAUUGAUAUAAAUAUUUUUUGAGUAAAAGUUACAGAAAUAAAUUAGUCAAACAGUUAUUAAAUUAAAAGUUAAAAACAAAGACUUUAAGAAGUUGUGCAUCAGCUAAUGACAGCGAUUUAGUUUUUGCUUUUUUUGUUUAUUUUCUAUUAAUGUCUUUUUGACUGACGACUAAAAUUGACCAACCCCUUUCCUAACUCUCUAUUUAGUUUUAAUCAAUAAUAUAAAAUAGAAAGUCAGUUUCCUCUCUUUUAGCUGGUCGCGUGGGUGUUGAAUGGGUAUUGAGAGCAAGUUGUUAGCGUAAAUAGAUAAAUAAUAAUUUUGUAAUCAUAUACAUACAUACAUAUAGUAUAUACACUUAUAAUGUAGAAAUAAUAUUAAAAUUAGUUGUCCGGUUUCAAAUUAAUCUUUCGCUGACAAAUUUAAUUUUAUAUUUAUUUGGGUUAUUUUCUUCUUUCUUAGUAAAUUUUUUGUUUAUUGUAGUUUACGCAAAACUCAAUAAAGUUAUUGAUUAGCUAAGAAAAAUUAAUAAUAAUAAUUGAAGGUAAAAUUAAUAGGUUUAUUGUUCGAUAGAAAUAAAUAAUUGCACAAAACGCAAACUAAAGUAAUGAAAUACAACGAAAAUGAAAAUAUUUAAACAAAACCAAACUAGCAUUACGAUGAAAUAAUAAAUCAAGAUAUGAUUAAAUUAGUGCACAAAUUAUGUGUGAAGUAAAGACAUAAUUGCGAAUCAAACACAGAGAGAAUGGGAUGAUAAGAACCUAAAUUUCAAAAAAAAAAA